GGGAGCGGGGACGGGGACGGGGGGGGAGGGGGAGGGGCGCGGGGCGGCGGCGUUACCGCUGCUGCUACUCGGCCUCCUGGGCAUCGGCGCCGCCUACCUGUGGUACCGGAUGGACGGGCCCGACCCCGGGACAGCGGCGGGACACAGAAUGCCUCCGGAUAUUUUCAAGCUCCGCGAAAUGUACAGAACACUCAAUAAAUCUUGCUUCAUUCUUGGAGCUUCAGGGGAGACGGGAAAAGUGUUGUUGCAGGAAGUUUUGAAAAGUCGGCUCUUCUCCAAAGUGACCCUGAUCGGCCGAAGGAAGCUAACCUUUGAGAGCGCAAUGUAUGAAGAUGUGAUCCAAGAACUUGUAGAUUUUGAAAAACUGGAUGACCAUGCAUCUGCUUUCCAAGGUCAUGAUGUUGGAUUCUGUUGCCUGGGAACAACCAGGGGCAAAGCUGGCGUGGAGGGAUUCAUCCGUGUCGACCACGAUUACGUACUAAAGUCAGCACAACUCUCCAAAGCUGGAGGAUGCACUCAUUUUCUCCUGCAAUCUUCAAAAGGAGCAGAUGCCAAGAGUUCGAUGCUAUAUCCAAAAAUAAAGGGACAAGUGGAAGCUGCAAUUGAAGAGCUGAACUUUUACCGAUACAGCAUCUUUCGACCAGGGGUCUUGAUGUGUGACAGAGAGGAAUCGAGACCGAUGGAAUGGAUGGCAAGAAAGGUCCUCGCUCCUAUCGCGUAUAUGUUCCCCACCGCCAUUAGCAUCCCAGUGACAGUGGUCGCUAAGGCCAUGUUGAACAAUGUUGUCCUCCCGUCGGAAAAGAAAGCGGAAUUGUUUCACAACAAGGAUGUGCAUGAAUUGGGUCAUCUGGGUGAAACUAAAGAGAAGUAACAACAGUUUGGGUUUAUAUUGGAAGAUGCUUUAGCCGUAUAUAUGAUUCACCCCUUUGAUCUGAGUUGUUUACUUCCUUGCUUCGGCUUCCUCAGGGUUCUGCUGUUAGUAGUGAAGAGGGUUUGCGGAGAAGCUGGUCACUUAAUUUUUUCAGGCAGGUCCACCACUGAAUUUCCGGCACCCUUCUGGAUUAUCUGUUUGGCCGGGCCAACAGAGGUCAUGGCUUUCGGGAGGUGGGGGGGGAGAAGUAGUGAGCGGUGAACGAUAUACUCAUCUGCAAGGUCGGCCUCAGAAAUUUUUCUUUUAAAAUCUUUUAAUUCAUUUUUCAAAUACAAAAUAUAACGAUAAAGAUAAAAGUGAUAUUGAUACACAGGGAUCAGGAUUACAUUAACAACAAAUGUAACCUAAAUAUAGGCUGCAAAAAAAAAAGGAUUUCAACGGUUUAGACCCAUGUUUGUCGUCAAAUCCGUUCCACGACCUCGGCCAUUUAGCUCUGGGAAUGUAUCUGCCAGUUCCGGCUGGGCCGGAGUUCCAAAGCCCCGGCCACAGGGGGGCAAAUUCCACCCGCCUCUCUGCCGCGGAAGUCCCGAUGAGGUCGAGAUCGGCCGCCUCACCCGGCUUAGGGGCCACAUUUUCAGGGGGACUUCCACGGCGGGGGGGGGGGGG